GUUGAUCUUCCUCCUCCUCCUCCUCCUCCCCGGUCUGCUGCUCUGGCUCCUUCUUCUUCUUGCUUUCUUUUCGAAAGGAAGAAGAAGAAGAAGGGGUGAGAGAGGACAGUCGGGUUGAGGAGGAGGGAGGUUAACUGGAAGGUCUCGCGCGGUGUGUGUGUGUGUGUGUGUGUGUGUGUGUGUGUGUGUGUGUGUGUGUGUGAGAGAGAGAGAGAGAGAGAGAGAGAGAGAGAGGUGGUCUUGUACAAAAGUUCAGCGUGCGAGAGAGAGAGAGGUGGUUUUGUACAAAAGUUCAGCGCACAUUACUUAUCUUACACAUACACACACGCACACGCACACGCACACAAGAGAGAGAGAGAGAGAGAGAGAGAGAGAGAGAGAGAGAGAGAGAGAGAGAGAGAGAGAGAGAGAGAGAGAGAGUGCUGGCUGCUUUUUGGAGCUUCGGUAAAGCAAGGCCUAUUAUGCGGUGUGAGUGGUCAGGCAACGUGGAGGGAUUUCACUGAGAAGAGAGAGGGAGAGAGAGAGAGAGCCAGCAGAGACAGGUCAGCAGACACAUUGGAGCAGGAGAACAGGAGAAUUCAGCAGCCAUCGACAGAGCAGGAGAGCAGGAACACGUCAGCGGCUAACAGAGAAGGAGAGCAGAGACAGACAAAAGGUCGACAACCAUGGCGUCCAACGAUGGGGCCGUGGUGAAGGAUCUGACGGCUGGAACGUUUGCAGGCGUAACACAGCUGCUGGUUGGGCACCCUUUCGACACCAUAAAGGUCAAACUCCAGAGUCAACCCGUCCCCGCUCCUGGUCAACAGCCCAUGUACUCGGGGGCGGUGGAUGCAGUGCGGAAGACAGUCGGCGCAGAAGGUCCACGUGGGCUCUACAAGGGUAUGGGUGCGCCUCUGGCCACCGUGGCGGUCUUCAACGCUGUGCUGUUCACUGCUAGAGGACAAAUGGAGGCCUUGUUGAGGUCCAGUCCAACUGAGAACCUCUCUGUGUAUCAGCAAAUGGUAGCAGGAGUGGGUGCAGGGGUCGCGGUUGCCUUCGUGGCUUGCCCGACGGAACUCGUUAAGUGCCGUUUACAGGCACAGAGUGCUCUGGCUGGUGUGCCGGCAGCCGCUGGUGCUGCCACUUCAGCAGCACCUAGUUUUGCCUCAUUGGAGCCCGCCAUAGCUGCCUCGACUGCAGCACCUGCUGGUGCCUCUGCUGCCAGCAUUAAGUCCUCCCCGCCACCCAGACCGGCGGCAGCAGCCCCGAUCAAGAUGUAUAAUGGACCUUUGGAUGUCGCCAGGCAUGUCAUUCGAUCCGAGGGUGGGGUUCUCGGUCUCUACAAGGGUAUGGUUCCCACCCUUAUGAGGGAGAUGCCGGGAAACGCUGCCAUGUUCGGCGGAUACGAGAUGACGAAGCAGAUGCUGGCUGGCGGACGUGACACGUCGCAGCUCGGCCAGGGAUCGCUGCUGAUCGCAGGCGGUGUUGGCGGCGCCCUCUUCUGGGCCUCCGUCUACCCUACUGACGUCGUUAAGAGCGUUAUCCAAGUCGAUAAUUAUCAAAACCCCAAGUACAAAGGAACCUUGGAUGCCUUUCGAAAGGUCUAUGCCACCGAGGGGAUGAAGGGAAUGUACAAGGGGUUCGGCCCGGCAAUGGCCAGAAGUGUACCUGCCAAUGCCGCCUGCUUCCUUGCCUACGAAAUGAUCCGCGGCAUGCUUGGCUAAAGCUGGUACCUGUGCCUUUUGCCUCUCCACCACCUCCAUGUGUGUGUGUGUGUGUGUGUGUGUGCAUUUGUGUGCAUGUGCGGUGAAUCUGUACAAGAUGCAUCAUGAUUCGUAGGUGACAGACAUCGUAUCGAUUCUAUUGAAUGCACACACACACACACACACACACACACACACACACACACACACACACACACACACACACACACACACACACACACACGGACAUGCAUGUGCGUUCGUUUCUGUUUAUGUGUGUGCAUGUUCAAUCACGACAAGAUGCAUCAUGCAUGUGGUUAGGUGGUGGAGGCAUUGUUGGAUCCAUACAAGAUGCAAGCGGUUAGACUGUCAAUCUGUGUUGGGAUGCACACAGGUACACCCAAGAUGCAAACAAGACACAUACAAGAUGCAGGUGCAUGUGUAUGUGUGUGCGUGUUUGCGUGUUUGUGUGUGUGUUGAAUUUUCAACAUACAACAUCGAAGACAGCACCCUGCCCUUGCAUAGACCCUCCGUUUCCUUCAAUUUCCUUCCAAGUUGUUCUCGUGGAUGGAAUUGAAGCAUUGUCUUUUUUUUUUUUUUUUUUUUUUUUUCUAACAGGUGGAACCCACGUGGAUGCAAUUUCAAAAAGGGGGAAGGACCUUCCCUUCAUUCUUGUCGAAAAAUAGACCCGUGCAAUCCCAUCUGAUCAUGCACUUGUCAAAAAGAGAGAGAGAGAGAGAGAGAGAGAGAGAGAGAGAGAGAGAGAGAGAGAGAGAGAGAGAGAGAGAUGACCGAAGUUUACCACGGAGAGAGGAGACUGUAUUGUCCACCCCAUCAAGCUUGUUGAUGGACCCGAUCUCGUCUCCGCUGACCGUUCGAUCUAGUUUUUUGACAGAUCGACUGCCGAAGCUAUCCGUCACUUGAUUAAACCGCCAGCACCUCCAAGCUUCUUUCUCCCGAUGCUGAUUUCUGCUGCACGGCGAGUUUUGUCAAACCAGCGCAGGUGCAACAUCGGAUCGUUUUGGCUGGUGUCUUCAGUCUUAAAGUUUUUGUUUCGGUAGGCCGAGCCCCAAAAGACAAGGCCCAUUAAAGUUACUGGUGGUUUAACGAUUUGAUUCCGAUGAAGCCUGUUUCCAUUUCUUGUGUUCGAAAUGGAUAUCAACCACAUAGGCAGCUGGAGGAGACAGUGGAAGAAUUCUCUCCCCCUAUUUCUCCACCACCUCCCUUCCUGCUCUUUUCCCCAAAGGCAGCUCGGCAGGAAGAGUCUCACUUUCCUCCUCUCUCUCUCUCUCUCUCUCUCUCUCUCUCUCUCUCUCUCUCUCUCUCUCUCUCUCUNCUCUCUCUCUCUCUUCUUUUUUUUUUUUGAAGAAACAGCCCGAGGCUGUGUCCCAAGGGGUGAUAAGAGCAGCCCCCUGUGAUGCCCCCACAGGUGGAUCCAUUCCUAUUGGUGGGGACCAGCACCUGCUGGGAACUGGGUCCAGCGUCCGUUAACAAUAGGAACCAAAAUCCAGUUUCCUCUUUCCGUCUCCCUAUCUUUCUAUCCAUCUUUUUUUUUUUUUUUUUUUCAUUUCUUCUUUCUACCUGUACCUGUUUUGGCUCUUUAGUUCUUUCACCUCUCAGAUCCAACUCAGCAUCAACUUGUCGGCUCGGCAGCCCGUCACUCUGUACAGCGUCUGCACAAUCUUUCACAACCCUGCAGUAUAUCCCCCUCGGUUAAGUGGAUUUGAUCCCCUGCUGAUACCAUUGCUGUAGAUAUAGACCCGUCUGGAACAAGCUUUGGUCGUCGAGGCACAGGCACUGGGGGUUGGUAUGCUGGAAAUCAGAGGCUUGGGGAGAGGAUAAGGCAGGGAGGCUUGGGGAGAGGCUUGGGCAGGGGCUGGGGGCCAGGGAACUGCAUCCGGAGGUACGUCGAUUUCCUGGGCUGGAACAAUGGUUAAGCAGAGGGUUCCUUCACACCGAGGCCUGGGCGCCAAGGGGAUACAGCCAACUAUACUUUGGCUCAGCAGGCUGCAUCAAAGCUUCAGCGUAGGCUCGGGAAAAGGACGCUUAGGCAGAGCCUUGGAUGAAGGGAUGCAUGGAGAGGCAUUUCUGGCUUCGUGAACUGCAACAACGCUUGGGUAGAGGUUCAGCAGAGAGGCUCAAACACAGGUUCAAACAGGCGACGUGUGGACACGUGAUUGAUGGAGGGCCGAAAAUUCGCUGUCUUCGCCGACAGUUAAGCAUGGAGGCCCCGAAAACACCCUCGGUUAACACGUGUGGAAGCGGCUCAAGCAGAGGCUCGGGCAGAGGUUCGAGCAGCGGCUUGAACACAGGUUAAAAAAACUGGCGUUUGGGAAGCGGGUCAAACAGAGUCUCAAGCACAGCUUCAAACAGGCGUUCAGGCAGAGGUUUGAGCAGUGGCUCGGGCAGAGGUUCGAAGCAGAGGUUUAAGGUUUACGCAGAGGCUUGGGCUUGAGGUUGAGCAGCGGUUCGAGCAGAGGUUCGGACAGAGGCUCAAAGCCUGCAAGAGGCUUCGGAACAGAUUUGAACAGUGGCUCACGGUUCGCACAGAGGUUUUGGCAGAAAUUUCACUGAAGGCACGGAAAGCGGGAAGAAAGUUCGAUGCUCUGAUUGGGUUGCAAAAAGUAGUGGAAGAAUAGGAGUCACCAUACUCCUGUGUGCUUCUCUUCUCGUAGAUCGGCAAUUGUUGGACUCUCAUUGACUAGUACUGAUUGAUCAUCAUCGGUCACCUGGAAUCGUAGUUAACGAGUUUCGUUUGGCAAGAAACAGCCCCUACUUUAUCAUGUCGUGAAGACCGAUGGAGAGAAGAUACCCGAUUUUUUGUUCACAUCAUAAGAAUUGUGGCGUGUCGUUUGUUGGUUGUGAGGCCAAUUUGUC